AUGUCCAGCGGACUCUUGAAGCCGGAGAAGGACUUCUCCAAGGAUGCUGACAAGUUGAUUCCGGAGGCCGAGCAGCUAGCAAAGACCGAUGUACAAGAUGCUAUUGACAAGUUGCUGGUGUUGGAGAAACAAGCAAGACAGUCAUCCGAUCUGCCCACUACAUCUCGAUUACUCGUAACUAUCGUCACAAUCAGCAAGAACAGCGGCGACUGGAACCUACUCAACGACCAAGUCCUCCUUCUUUCCAAGAAACAUGGCCAGCUGAAGCAAGCUAUCUCGCGGAUGGUGCAGACGGUGAUGAAGUUUCUGGACGAGACGCCGAACCUGGAUACGAAGCUAUCGGUCAUCCAGACCCUGCGAACUGUCACAGAGGGAAAGAUCUUCGUUGAAGUUGAAAGAGCCCGUGUCACACGCAUUUUAUCUCAGAUCAAAAAGUCCCAAGGUGAUUUGACUGCCGCCGCCGAUAUUCUCUGCGAACUGCAGGUUGAGACUUUUGGGUCGAUGACGAGAAGGGAGAAGACCGAAUUCAUCCUAGAACAAGUUGCGCUUUGUAUUGAACGUGGCGACUGGACGCAAGCGACUGUUCUGAGCCGAAAGAUCAACAAACGAUAUUUCGCCCGGAAGCCGAAGAAGAGCGCCGAGGAGAUCGAGAAGCUGAAGAAGGAAGCUGAGGAAAGGGAGAAGACCCGCGGACCCGAUGAGCCUCCUAUGGAGGUGGAUGACGACGUUACAGACCUGAAACUUCGUUACUACGAGCAGCAAAUCAUUCUCGCCAACCACGACUACAAAUAUCUGGAUGUUUGCAAACACUACAGGGAAGUGCUGGAUACAGACUCAGUUCAGGAAAACCCAGAACAACUCCGAGCGGUUCUUGCCCGCAUUGUUUACUACAUCGUAUUGUCGCCAUACGACAAUGAACAAUCUGAUCUACUGCACCGCAUCCAGCAGGACUCGAGACUCUCAGCGGUCCCUGUUGAGUCUCGUCUGGUGAAGCUCUUUACCGUUCCCGAACUUAUGCGCUGGCCCAUCGUUUCCGAGCAAUUUGGUCCUCACCUAUGCGACACCGACGUUUUCAGCCCCAAGCCGAGCCAGGCUGCAGAAGACCAGCCACAUAACAGGUGGCAAGACCUUCGCAAGCGUGUCAUUGAGCAUAAUGUUCGAGUAGUGGCGAAAUACUACACCCGCAUCCAGAUGGGCCGGUUGACCCAGCUACUGGACCUCACUGAGGAGGAGACGGAGAAGUACAUCAGUGAACUGGUUACCUCGAAGACGAUCUACGCGAAGAUUGACCGACCGGCCCGGCUGGUCAACUUCGCCAAGCCUCGCGAUGCAGACGAUGUACUGAACGAGUGGAGCAGCGACAUGAAGAGUCUUCUAGGCCUUUUGGAGCGUAUCGACCACCUCAUCACCAAGGAGGAGAUGAUGGCGCGCAUCCUCCCCACCCGGGAAAAAGCUAAGGCUCGUUGA